AUGUCGAUCCUCGAUUCGUUCAGCGAGGCCUGUGUGCGACAGGAAGCCUGCUCGGAUGGCCGCUCCCUGCCGUGGCUCCGAGGCCUGCUGUCCUACAGCAGGACUGGCAAGCUGGUCGCCGCGGCACAGGAUGGGGGACUCCUGCUGGGCGACGUGAGGGAGGAGCUGGCGGUCCAGGCGGGCCAGGCCCACCGCGACCCCGCCGGCCCCCACGCUGCCGUGCACCUGCACCCCCACCCGGCCCUGGGCGUGGAUGUGCAGCACCUCUCCUGCAGCCCCUGCGGGACGCUGGCCGCGGUGGCGGGCACCUCCCGCGAGACCCCGGAGCUGAGCGAGCUGUGGGCCCUCGCCUGGCACCCGCUCGGCGACGGGCACCUGGCGGUGCUCACGUCGGACGCCGCCUGGCGCCUCUACUGCCUGGACGAGCCGAGCGUGCCGGAGCAGACUCUGGAGCUCAGCCUGGGCAGCAGGCAUGCUCUGGGGCUAGGAGGUUCGGCGGAGCGCCCGACAGCCUUUGCGUUUGGCCCUGCAGAGGCCUGGGACAGGUUUGCGCUCUACUUCCUCUCCAACCGCAGCAACAUCUUCCGCGUCUGCCCCGUGGUGCCAUUCGGUUGUCGGGUGCCCUCCGCCAGCCUGGCGGCCCUGGGGGAGGACCUCGGCGAGGCUGACGAGGCCACGCACUCCUGGCUGCAGCGUGCCUUUGCUGCGGGGACCCGGUCCGGGGUCGCAAUGGCGCAGCGCCACGCCCUGGGCGCCCACGUGCCGGUCCUGGUGGGGCCGCUGAGGGUCGCGACCCCGGGGGAGGGCCCCCUGCCGGCCGGGUUCGCCGGCCUCUGGGGCGAUUCCGGCGCCGCGCUGGCGGCGCUGCCGGGCGAGGCGGAAGCCCAGUGGGAGAGGGUGGGAGCGUUGCGCGAGGCGCUGGCGGGCUGCGAGGCGCGCGCCGCGGCGCUGACUCAGCGCGCGGAUGCCGCGCUGCGCCUGCAGGACGUGCUGAACGAGCGCUGCGCGCUGCUGGCGGCGCUGCACUGGCGCGCGGGCGCGUGCGGGUCGCGCGCCGACGCCGCCUUCGAACGGCACGCGCUGCCGCGGCUGGAGGCGGGGGCGGCGGGGGCGCGGAGGGAGGCCGACGCGCUGGCGGCGCGCGGGGCGGCGUUGGCUCGGCGCGGCGUCGGCACCAGCCAGGCCGCGCUGGCGGUCACCCCGCCCCUCAUCGGCCACUACCAGCUGCGGCGGCUGCGGGAGGGGCUGGCGCGGCAGGAGGCGGGCCUCUCCGGCAUGCUGGCCGGGCUGGGGGCGCUGGAGCGGGCGCUGGCGCAGGCCGGCGCCUGA